GCUCGAUUCAUACAUACCUCUCCGAUCAGAAAUGCAAAGUAUGAACGAUUUCGGUCAGGAAAUUAUAGCUCUGAGCCUUCUGAACCUGGUGGAUCUCACAUAAUGGAAUAUCUUCGACGACGUGCUGGCGGUGAUCGGGGUCUUGUGAUAUAUGGUGUGGUCGUAGGGGGUUGUGUGGUCUACUACAUAGUACAUCUGGAAAAGGUACCUGAGACCGGACGAUGGAGAUUUAUAGAUGUGAGCGAAGCUCAAGAGCGAGAGCUCGGUAUACAAACUCAACAUCAAACACUUAAUGAAUACUCUACUCAUGUUCUUCCACCCAACCAUCCCAUCACCCGCCGAGUCAGAGACAUAGCCGCACGGAUCAUCGAAUCUUCCGGUCUUGGUCGGGUCAAGUCAGGAGGGGAAAUGGGAGCGAUAGAAGGAAAAAUGCCUGAAGCGUGGAAUAGCGAGAUCAGGAUGAGCGAUGUACUCUUUGGAGGUGGACAUCUUGAUGAUGAUGUUGGAAGUUCAACAGAAUGGGAGGUGUACGUCAUAGAUGAUCAAAAAAUCAAGAACGCAUUCGUACUUCCCGGAGGCAAGGUGUUCGUCUUUACAGGUAUUCUCCCAGUGGCGGCGAAUGAUGAUGGUCUAGCUACUAUCUUAGGUCAUGAAGUGGCUCAUCAGGUCGCGCGACAUGGCGCUGAGAGGUUGAGUUCGAUGAAGGUUCUUUUUGCACUUGGCUUCUUGCUAGAGACCCUGGGUUUAGAUGUCGGAUUGUCCCGUCUCUUGCUUACUUUGCUUUUACAAUUACCCAACUCGAGAAAAAGUGAGAGCGAAGCUGACUACAUCGGGCUUCGUCUCAUGGCUAAAGCGUGUUUCGAUCCGUCCGAGUCUACCGAGAUGUGGCAACGCAUGUCGCUGGCUGAGAAGGGGACAAAGGUCGAUGUUGACUUCCUAUCAACUCAUCCUGCCAAUGCGAAACGAAUCAAACAAUUGCGCGAAUGGCUCCCUGAGGCACAGCAGAUCCGAGCUGCGAGUACAUGUGGGGUGACGAGUGCGCAAUUUGGAGGGUUUCUCGGUGCCCUACCGGCGGUCAUAUCAGAUGGUGGAAUGGCCAGUAGUUUAUGGGGUUGAGAGAAUGGUUGUUCCAUAUGACUUUGUCUCUUUUUGCUUUGGGAUCUACCUGACUAGUAAAGUGAAAUCUUCUACACUCAUCUCUAUCUCCAUUGCCGGCUUUUAUACGGAUGCACUUGGACUUGUUCGUAC